AUGAACAGCCUGUGGCCCUCGACCAGGGCGGCGCCUCAAGAGACGGGCCCCGACGAUGACGCCGCCCCGGCCGCCACGCCGACCGAUGAUGUAGCCGACACCGGACAAGUCGCAGAUGUCGGGCCCGGACCCGGCGCCGAUGAGCUCGAGAAGCCUCCCGUGCCGCCCCCUCCCCCACCGCCGCCGACGCGCCCCGGGCUCGCGCGCAAUGCCCUCCAGCCGGGGCCUCCUCUUCCGCCGCCGCCGCCGCCGCCGCCACUGACGGGACCUGCGCAUGGCCGGGAAAGACAGCAGCAGCAGCAGCAGCAGCAGCAAUAUCAACAGCAACAGCAGCAGCAGCAGCAGCAGGGAGUCCCCGCGCCGACCGACUCCCUGUCGCUCCUGCAGCUGCGCCGCAUCGUCGCCGAGGUGAACCGCGCCGAGCCCGUAGCCUACGACUUUGUCUACUCGGACAUGGGCCCGCACACGGACGAAAUUGACGAGUGGUUCGCGUACCAGUUUUGGCAGUGGGUGCGGCUCAACGCGGCGCAAAAGGCCUUUGAGUGGCACCUGAAUCACGAGUCGGCGGCAGGCGGCGGCGGCGGAGGCCACGCGUGGGAAGACGCCGACAACGACACGCGCGCCAGGUUUGUCCAGGCCGCCAUUUCCGGCGUGCAGUCCAAUGACGCGGCCCUGCGGUCGGCGUCGAUUGGCAAGCUCGUCUACCUGGUGCUCGGCCGGUGGGGCGACACAGCCAUGCCCAGCUUGACGGGAGCAGGCGCCGGUAGGUCGGUGGCUAGCGCGUCGCAGCUGCAGGCCAUCAAGGCUGGUGUCGAGUGCCUCACUUCGCUCGAGGGCUUGCCUGUCAUUUGGGAGGCGCUGCGCAACUGCUUUGAAGUGCAUUGGUCUGGCGACAUCCAGCAGCAGACAAGCCCUCAGGAGGCUCAGGACGAGCUAAUGAAUCUCAUGACGAUCAUGUACAUUACCAUUCAGGAAACACUCAACGACCCGGACGACAUGUCUUCUUCGUACGGAAAACUACUGGAGCUGAACCCUUCACUUGUCGAUGUCAUGCUGACGGCGACAUCCAAACUCCGCUGGGACGAACAAAACGCCAUGCCCCAUACUCAGAUCUUCCUGCUCUUUUGGAAAUCCAUCCUGCUUGUUUUUGGCGGUACCAAGGAGCUCGAGAAUCUGAAAAAGGCCACCAGCGAGGUGGCCGCCGACGGCAAGGACAAGGAGACUAUUACGGCGUCACCCUUGGACUACCACGCGUUCCGUCAAGAGAUCGCCUCCAAGUACCCGGCAUACGUUCCUCCGCAGCCGCUCAUCCCCCUCGAGGCGGACAACAACUCCCUCCUCCCUCCGCUGCCGAAUCAGUCGUCCAGAAACAAUGCAUCCAGCGGCAUCAUCCCCACGCCAGCCCAUGCCCAAAGCGGCGGCGCCUCCAUUCUUCACCAACCAGUCCACAUCGCCACUCCUGCCCCGUCUCCGCCUCCCUCUCCCGGUGUUGGAGGGAAAGGCGGCAAGAAGCAAAACUACCAGACGAACCAAAACUUUCCCUUCAUGUAUCCGCCCCUCGACGCCACCAUCAGCAGAAAGUGGGAGGGCAGCGACAUCCCGGCCUCGAUCCUCGAGGCGGGCGAGCUCUUCUCGUCUCGCGUCCGGAUGAGUCGCGCGACCCGGCAGCUGUGGGAUGAGCGCGAGCGGUUUCUCAAGUACGAACGCGGCUGGGACCUGGAGAGCGACGACGACGAAAUCGACCCUCUUGACCUGGACGAGUUGACGUUGGAAGAGAAGCAGGUCCUGCAGGAGCUCAAGGCCGAGGAUAGGAAGAAGAACUCGCCGCCGCCGCCAGAGAUGGAAGUAGAUUUUGGCCCGAGACCCGACCGGCUGACUGACAGAGACAAGCAGAGACUGGUUGCAGUAGAGAGAUUCUACAAAGAAGCUCUACCCCAUCUGCAGUCGCUAGUGAUUGUCCUGCUGCGGCCGAUCCUGGUUAAUGUGACGGCCAUCGUGACCCAGCAGGCGGCGCAAAUGUCCAAUGGGAUGGCUGGUAGGGGCGGCAACCCAGGCAUGAACGGCGGCGGCCCGGCGAUGCAUAGGGGACCGGACACAGGGGCCCACAUGGGCCGCGGCGACGAGCCAGAGCUGUCCCCCGAGGAGGUCGAUGCCGCGAGGACGCGCGAGAUCACGGCCAAGGCCAUGACGGGCAUUCUUGUCCUGUUGCUGAAGUGGCUUAGAGUCUCUCACGUUCUCAAGUUUGAGUAUUUAACCCAGCUCCUCCUGGAUUCUAACUACAUCCCGCUCGUUCUCAAGCUCUUUGCGCACCAGGACAUCCAGCAGGUGGUGGACAGUAAGAUGGACCGCGUCGAGAAUAGCUUCUUUCAGUUCUGCAACCUGCGCUCCAAGUUUAAGGAUAAGAUGGAGAGCGACCUGGAGAACGAGGACGAGGAGGAUGAGGGCGGACCAGGAGAGCGGCACGCGGGAGAUGAGCUAGGCGCCGGCGACGACAGCGAUGACAGCGCAGCGCCGGCCCCCAUUAAAAGACGACGGUCACCCGAAGAGUCAGAGAGAGAGGGCGAGGAGGACGCCGACGGAGACGCGGGCAGUGACGGGCAGGCGUCGACGCGGCCCGAGGUGGACGAGCUCGGAUACCCGGUCAAUCCGCUGCCGGCGGAGCCCAUCACGGACUUUUCGCGGCGCAACUUCUUCUCGCUCACCAACUACCUGCGGGUGAUGCAAAAGAUAUGCAAGAACAAGGCGCACCGCAACCUGCUGCUGGUGCAGUACAAGUCGUCGACGAUAUUGCGUAAGUCGCUGCGGAUCCCGCAGGAGGAGCUGCGGCUAUACACGCUCAAGCUGUUCAAGAACCAGGUGCCGUACUGCGGGCGCAAGUGGCGGCAGAGCAACAUGCGAGUCAUCACGGCCGUGUACCUUCACUGCCGGCCGGAGCUGCGGGACGAGUGGCUGGCGGGCAGCGACGUGGACGCCGAGGUGGAGGGGGCGCUGCCGCUGGAGCAGGGCCUGCGGAGCCUGACGCACUGGCGCAACGUGCGGCGGUACCCGGACAGGAUCGCGGCCGACAUCCGCACGGCGAUGCGCGAGGAGCAGGAUUUCUUUACGCGCGAGCUGGAGAAGCUGGAUGUGAAUUGGGCUGACAUGGGGGCGGACGAUGGUGUGGGCGAGCCGGAGCACGUCGAGGGGUGGGCGUGA